ACUCCAUCAUUUACUGAGAAUCAUGGCAGAAGUAGCUCCAGCAGCCGCUCCGGCUAAAGCUCCGGCUAAAGCCCCGAAGAAGAAGUCCGCUACCAAGGCUAAGAAAGAUGGACCCAGCCUCGCUAAACUCAUCUUGGCCGCCGUGGCCGACUCCAAGGAGCGCAAGGGGAUGUCUGUGGCGGCUCUCAAGAAGGUUCUGGCCGGGAAAGGCGUCGAUGUGGCCAAGGCCAACAAGCGCAUCAACACCGCCGUUACCAAGCUUGUGACGAAGGGAACUCUUAGUCAAACUAAAGGAACCGGAGCAUCCGGGUCCUUCAARCUCGCCMAGAAGGAGCCCAAGRCCGCCAAACCAGYCAAGAAGGUGGUGAAGAAGAAGGCUCCCGYCAAGGCAAAGAAACCAGCCGCCAAGAAGGCCACAACACCCAAGAAACCCGCCGCUAAGAAAGCAGCAGCCAAGAAAUCCCCGAAGAAGGCAGCGGCCAAGAAAUCUCCGAAAAAAGUGGUCAAGAAGAGCCCCAAAAAGAGCCCUAAAAAGCCCGCCGCUAAGAAGCCAAAGGCUGCCAAGAAGCCUGCAGCCAAGAAAACGGGAGCCAAAAAACCCGCAGCGAAGAAGGCCAAGAAGUAAACAACUUUUCUCCUCCAACCACUGCUUAAGGCACCAAAGGCUCUUUUCAGAGCCACCACUUCUACAAAUUAAGACGUGAUUCCCAAUAAGCAAUCAUAGGUCAUAAAAUAUCAGAAAUGAUUAAACUACAUCCAAUUAACCACAUCAAUACAGUAAUUAAUAAGUGUACUGUAAAGGAGCCCAAAGAGCUUCACACUAAAUUCAGUCACUCACUUUAAGCUGAUGCAGA